AUGAAAUUCAGUAAAAAGCUUCAGCAUUAUGUAAAUCAACAGUAUAGCCAACAUUAUUUGUCCUAUAAAGAUCUUAAAAAAGCAAUAAAACUGAUAACUGGAUCAGAUACAUCAAGUUAUACCAUAAAUGAGGUAACAAGUAACUUUGGGAAUAUUAAAGCUUUAGCAGGAUCCAUAUAUAGGCCAGCAGAAAGUAGAUUUAUGGAUUUAUUAAACCAUGAAUUGGAUAAGAUUAAUUCAUUUAGCAGUAUAAUGUAUACUAACAUAAAGGAUUCUCUUAAACAAAUUCAAGGAUAUAUAGAUCAGAUUAGCAAAGACUUAGGUAUAUCAAAUAAUUCCAGUAAUAAUAGUAACACAAAUGAUUGUGAUAGUUCAUUCUUCCAGGCUGGAAUGAGCAAAGAACUUCUGGAUGAUUUGAUUUCGCCAUUAGUAGAACAGCUUGAACGUAGAAGUGGUGAAAUAAUAUUUUUAGAAAGUUACCAACAACUGAAUUAUACAGGUUUCAGAAAGAUAACCAAAAAGUAUGAUAAGAUGAAUAAGUCAACUUCUUCUUCUUGGUAUCUUGCAAGACUUGCAAGGGAAUCAUUUAUGAAUAUGAACUUGGAUUUGCUUCUCGAGAGUCUUUCAAGUUGUUAUGCAAAAAUUGAAGAGCUUAAGAAUAAUUUCCUCAUGAAGGAGGAAUCUUUAAAGUACGAUGCAGGUUUGGAAAAAGAAACCUCAAUACAGCCACCAUUUGAAAUUCACUCAAAGCAUCUUAUUUUAGCUGAGGAUGUGAUGAAGGUUAAAGUACUAUUAGCCAAAAUAGUCCCUCUUGUUUCAGUUGGAUUACUAAACGUAGAAGAAAGUAUUAACAAGUCUUACUUAUUCACUCCCACAAACAACACAAACUCUCAAAAGACUUCAAGCGAAAAUGUAUCAUCAUUGGCUUUGCAAACUUCGACAGUAUCUUAUAUGUACUUUGAUAAUAGGGAAUUCAGUGAAUACCAUAGAAUUCGCGAAAUAAGGUCGAGAUUCUGUUCUUGUAGUUCUCAAAGUAAUACUCAAAUUGAAGAAAAUACAUCCGGAAGAAUCCAAGCAUACUCUGAUGAGAAGAUUGCCCCAAAAAAGUAUUUGGACUAUACAUUUAGAUUGAGAUGGUAUGGGGAAAAUGAAGGAAGUCCAGACCAGUGGCUAAAUUUGGAUUGGAUACACCCAAUGGAACCAAGCUGUUCUAUUACUGAGUGGCACGAUCCGAAGAAUAAUAACUUUGUUCAUCAAACAGUAAGUAGUGACCAAACGAAUCAGGUAGGAAGUUUGUUUUCUUUUGAAGGAUCUAAAGCUUUUGUUAGUAGUAAAACUUUGCUGAUUCAACAAAAAGAUGUUUUUCAUAUUCUCAAGACUUUUGGGGAUUUGAGGCGUGAAAGCAAAAACCCAUUAUUAUCUUCUAACUUUGAUUUAAACACAUAUUUGAAUGAAACCAGAAGAAACUUAUCACAAGACCAAAUAAUGCUUCUUAAUUGUUUUAUUGAAUUCAUCCAAUUUAGAAAAUUAGGACCAUUUUCUCAUCUUUGGUUUCACAGAACAACUUUUGCAAGUCCAAGGAGAAAUAUAUGUAUCCACAUUGAUAAUAACUUGAAGAUCAUGCCUGAAAUUAACUCAGAGCUGCUUAUUGAUGAACAUUUUCAAGGAAAUGGUUCCUCAAUGAAUAAUUUGCCAGUUCAAAGUGAUCGAAACUCGAGCUCUGAUAAAAGUGGAAGCAAUUAUGAGAUUGCAAAUACUGAAUUAGGAACCAAUUCUAUUUUCAAUAUGAGACCCUCAAUUUUGUACAACACUUUUAUUGUUAGUCCACAAACAGAAGCAUUAGUCUCUGAAAAUAUGAAAGCCAUCUCCCAUGGAAUACUAAGUGUAAGUGUUUCCAAUGACACUGGAAACCUACAAAACUCAACCAAAAACCUCUCUAAAAACCUUAAUCCCAGAGAUAUACUUAAAGAUAUUCUUGGUCUUGCAUCUGUUUCAGAAGUGAUCGGAUUUUCAAACAUUGAAACUUGUACUGCCUUGUUAUUCAGCAACAACCUACUUCAAGUUCCACACUGGUUUAAUUUUAUGGCUAUAGAGUCUGAAAGCCAACAAGAAAUUACCAAUAAUAUCAAGGAUUCCAAUUCAGAAUCUCAAGCUCUUCAAACCCUGAAUAGAUCGGUUUCUUUAAAUAAAGAAAUGACUGGAAACAAACAACUCCAAUCAUUUGAACCCGAGAAAUCCUCCUUCAACAAUUCCAUGCCAAAAAUCGAUGUUCUACACACCGGAAAAAACGCGAGAAUUUUGCAUGAUCAAGAAGUGACUGCUCAAAGAGAAGCCAGUAUUCUAACCAAUGAAAUCCAAACGAAUUCUUUAUCUUCUUUAAAUAGUACGCAAACUCUUUCCAAUAUGCAUCCACUAAAAAAUCUACCAAUCAAAAAAAACGAAAUCAAACGUGAAUGCACACAAGAAAAGUCCGGAAAUAAAGAUAUAAAUAAUAAUCAGAAAAAAUGUGUAUCUUCAGCAGUUAGAGUUGAGCCAAAGACUUUUUUUGCAAACGAGAGAACGCUUCUUCAGUGGAUGAAUAUGUCUGUUUUAUUAGCAACUAUUUCUGUCUCUUUACUUAGUUUUGGAACCCAAGUUGGUCAUAUAUGCGGUUUAAUUAUGGCUCCUGUUGCUAUUUUUUUUAUUGCUUACUCUUAUUAUAUUUACUUAAAAAGAAACAAAGCUUUGGAGACCAAGGAGCCAAUUUCUUAUAAUGAUAAGUUUGGUCCAACAUUGUUAGUAAUGUGUUUGAUCAUUUCUCUAACAUCUGUCUUACUCCUAAAUAUUAUUGUUGGAGGUAAUAAGCAGCAUUUUAAGGAUAUUCAUGAUUAUUAUAGAGAGGACUAUGUCCACUAUUACCAAAACCAACAGAAUGAAAAUCAUCUAUUAGCACAAAGUAAUCAUAAUCAGUCUAGUUCAAAUGGUAACUACUUAUAUCAUUAA